AUGCCACUGCAUAUAUUAUAUCUCCUAUUUUCAAUAUUCUGGUCGAUUCUUUUGGUCUCCCAAGGAAAUACAUCACAAAAUAAUCCUCUACUCCUGUAUUCAACCACAACUGAUAUAAGGCUAGUCAGUUCAGUGAGAGCCAACAAUAAAGGAAAGCCUGUUACACUAGUAAAAAACUACACAUACAUUGCAGCAAUCGAUUAUCAUUUUGAAAAACGAAAGAUAUUUUGGGUUGAUCAUGAAUUGGGCACGAUUUUCAGUAUUGAUUAUGAUGGGGUGGCUGCAAAAAAUAAGACUGAAAUUAUAAAUGGUGUAUUUAACCCUGAUGGCUUAUCUUGUGACUGGGCUACAAGUAAAAUAUAUUGGACCGACAGCUACACAAACCAUAUUGAAGUUGCUACUAUAGACGGAAAAUAUAGAAAAGUAUUAUUUUGGACUGACAUAGAUCAACCACGUGCCAUUGCUGUUGUUCCUAUGGAAGGGUUCAUGUUUUGGUCAGACUGGGGAGAAAUUCCCAAAAUUGAGAGAGCAGGCAUGAAUGGAGAUCCAAAAAGUAGAAUAGUAGUAGUAACUGAAAAUAUUUUUUGGCCCAAUGGUCUAACAGUUGAUUACAAGACAAAGACUGUGUAUUGGAUAGAUGGAAAACUGCAUUUCAUCAAUAGAAUGGAUUACAAUGGAAAGAAUAUGAAGACAGUCUUAGAGAAAGGAUUUGAAUACCCAUUUUCAGUUACUCAAUUUGAGACUAAGGUGUUUUGGACAGACUGGAAAACUAUGGCAAUCCACUACUUCGACACAGCUGGCCAGCAACGUCCCAUGGAAUUGCUAGUAACCCAGAGACCCAUGGACAUUCACAUAUGGGAUCAACGACAACAACCGCCGGUGCCGAACCCAUGUGAUGAUAACAAUGGAGGUUGUUCUCAUUUAUGUUUGUUAGCUCCCGAACCACCGGGAUUCUCAUGUGCCUGUCCCAUGGGGAUAAAGCUGGUGGAUGAGAAAAAUUGUGCUGGCGGUCCUCAAGAACUGUUGUUACUUGCUCGAAGAACGGAGUUGUGCUUAAUAUACUUGGAUUCACCUGACUAUAGUCACAGGGUAUUGCCAUUAGAAGACGUAAAAUACUCGAUAGCAGUCGACUUCGAUCCCUUAGAAAAGUACAUUUACUGGUCAGAUGACGAGGUGAAAAAAAUCCAGAGAUCCAGGCUGGAUGGCAGUGAGCAAGAGGACGUGAUCGUUACUGAAAUCCAGGAUCCAGACGGCUUAGCAGUCGACUGGAUAUCACAGAAUAUCUACUGGACGGAUACAGGCACUGACAGAAUUGAAGUUGUGAGGUUGCAUGGUGGAUAUAGGAAGGUUGUUGUCAUGGAUAAACUGAUAGAUCCGAGAGGUAUUGCCGUUGCCGCAAGCUUAGGUUGGCUAUUCUGGUCAGACUGGAACGAAAAAGAACCCAAAGUGGAGCGCUCCAACUUGGACGGAUCGGAAAGGACCCAAAUCGUCACGGAAAGGCUAGGAUGGCCCAAUGGGAUCACUCUCGAUUUGGACACGAUGAAAAUCUACUGGUGCGACGCGAAAUUGGACAAAAUCGAGUACGCUAAUAUGGAUGGUACCGAGAGGAGAGAGUUGAUCAAUGAUAAUGUGCCGCACGUGUUCGGUUUCAGCUUGAUGGGUGAUUACCUGUAUUGGACUGAUUGGCAGCGGAGAGCUAUCGAUAGGGCGCAUAAGCAGACAGGCGCCAACAGGGAAGUGAUAGUCGACCAGAUGGAAAACAUCAUGGGCUUGAAAGCCAUCAAACUGGAUCCUCCACAAGGCACCAACCCAUGUCAAAUCAACAACGGCAACUGCUCCCAGCUUUGCUUGUACCGUCACAACCAGUCCAGAAUCUGCGCGUGUCAGAUCGACUUCGAAUUGACAGAAGACAUGAAAACGUGCGAGAAACCUGAAGCAUUCUUGCUGUACGUGAAGAAGGAUAGUAUAGGAAGGAUUGGGAUCGAGAAUAAGAAUAAUGAGGUGACUAUUCCUAUUGCGGGCAUCAAACAGGCCAGGUAAGACUCAUUUUUGUGUGGACAUUAGCAUGUUUUUAUUAUUUUCAGUUCCUAGGGCACUGGGCAAAGAAGUAUUGUAAUCGCGAAAAUUGUUGAAAAUGAGACAUUAUGGUUUUUGGAUGUUAUAUGACAUGUACAUCACGAAAAACCAUGUCACUCAUUUCCGUCGGUCUAUCCGCUAAUCCUUGUACUGCCUAUAACUUGGAAAGUACAUUCGGACUAAAAAAAUAUUUCUCAAAAUCAGGAGCUUCGGAAACGACAAAAAACGAAGUUUGAGCGAAGUGUGUUUUAUUUCGUUUUUGCCGUAUAGCUAUGCCGCCCCGGAC